AUGUGCACCGCUCGCCGCAGGCAGCAACAGAAGGGAGACAAGUUCGCCCUCACUGAGGAGCAGAAGCAGGAGAUCCGUGAGGCUUUCGAUCUCUUCGAUACCGAUGGCUCUGGCUCCAUCGAUGCGAAGGAGUUGAAGGUUGCUAUGCGUGCCCUCGGUUUCGAACCCAAGAAGGAAGAGAUCAAGAAGAUGAUUGCUGACAUCGACACUGAUGGCUCUGGAACCAUUGACUUCAAUGAAUUCUUGGAGAUGAUGACUGCAAAGAUGUCUGAGCGUGAUCCUAUGGAGGAGAUCAUCAAGGCCUUCCGUCUCUUCGAUGAUGAUGAGACUGGCAAGAUCUCUUUCAAGAACCUCAAGCGUGUGGCCAAGGAGCUCGGUGAGAACAUGACCGACGAGGAGCUUCAAGAGAUGAUUGAUGAGGCUGAUCGUGAUGGUGACGGUGAAGUUUCCGAGGAGGAGUUCAUCCGUAUCAUGAAGAAGACUUCCUUGUACUAAAUCAUGUACAGUUACAUCUGUAGAAUCUUUACACCAAUAAGAAAUGGUGAUGGAUGCGACCAGUUUGGAUGCGUCCCAAUUAUUUUUUACUCACCGCAUUAAAAUAAUAAACUCU